AUGCUCUCCUUUUUCAACUCUUCCACAGACGCCAAAGCACCCAAUUUCCACCCUGUCUCUGAGAGACCAGAUCUUUUUGGGGAACUCGAAACGAAAGACUUGGAAUGGACUUGUGCAGGUGGAUUUGCGACUGAAACGCAAACCUUCUACCAUUUCCUAGAGGAUGAGACGAUGAUCAUGUGUCAAGUGAUCCACUCAUCCAUUGGUUCACCUGCAAAAUCUACAAUCCCAACACCAAAGAGACGAUUUGGCGCUCGGAUCCAUGUCUCCAAUUUCACUACACCACCUCCCGGUCUUGACAAGCGUUCGUCUAGGGCGGACCAGUUCUCAAUUACCUGCAAACCUUCUACAGACCCGACUUAUCCAGAAAUGUACGCCAUCCGUGCCAACUUGUCUGACGACCUGCAAGUAUCCCUAGAUGUCUUACGUCCGGCCCUUGUGCCGGGGUUCAAAGUUGGCAGUGGUCCAAACGGCGGGUUCUCGUACUUUGGUCCCAACAAGGAUAAGCCGGAAGGUUAUGUUGUACAUCGCUUCUGGCCACGUACCGUUGCCAACGGACAUUUCAUUCACAAGGGCCGAGCAGUCGAAGCGAAGGGCGUAGGGAUGAUGGUUCACGCCAUCCAAGGCAUGCGCCCCAAUUUGGUCGCAACUAGAUGGAAUUUUGCACACUUCCAAAGCAAUGCCUACGGAGGUGUCUCAGCCAUUCAGAUGGAGUUUACGACCUUGGAGACACACGGCCGUCGCGGACCAGGAUCUGGAGGGGUCACGGUAAACAUCGGAUCGCUCGUCCUAGGGGGAAAACUGGCAGCCAUCACUGCGGAGACUAAAUGGCCUGAUGAAAAACAGUCGGACGAUACUGACAUCAUUUCGCGAGCCGUUCAUUCAUUGCUAGAAAAUUCUCCGGGGAAAAUAUCUGCCACCAUUAAGGUCGAUGUGGGAGGUCCCACCGCACCCAAAGGACUCGUGGAGAAGGUCGAUGUCUUGGCAGAAAUUCCCUACGUCAUCAAGACGAUGGUGAACUAUGUCGCUGGAACUAAGCCAUAUAUAUACCAGUGGCAAAACCGUGUCAAGCUAUUCGUCCGCGGACCUGAUACCCUCAUCCCAGGCUUAUCAAAUGGUCUGGAGUUGGAAGGGCCUCUCUAUAACGAAGCUUCUUUCAUCUCUUGAUGGCAGCGAGGCUACAUCACCGAAGAUUAGGAUUGCAUACUGCCACUUAUGGUGUGGAAUACAAUGCUGGCGGAACAACAGAAACGUGUACAACAGGAUGCAGAACGUAUCGCUAUAUAGCUAGUUUGGUUAGUUCACGAGACGAAAUUUCGUCAUCAAUACUUGCGAAAGAAAUGUGGAAUCAGGGCUCUCAUAAUUGU